AUGUCUUUAUUCAAAGUAAAGCAAUGGUGGUCAAACAAUAAAUUACAAGAAACCACAUGCAAUAUUGGUACUCAAUGUACAGGAUGUCUUAGGGUUGAUAAAUUUAACUCUUAUACAGACAGUGAUUGUAUUAUUAUUGCGGAAGAGUUUUACUUGAAGAUUUAUAAGCCAACACCUAAUCAAUUGGUAUCGGAUAUAUUAUUAGAAACUCAAGUGAAUGAUGUCAUCUUACAAAUUGAAAUUGGAAAAUUUACUGCGGGAACUACAGACCGCCAGAUUAUCGUCUUACAUCCAUUAAAAUAUGUCGUUUAUCAACUCGAAAAGAAAGAAGGACUCAUCGAUGCAGGCGAUCAGAACAUAUUGAAAACUACGUUAAAACAUACGUUCACUAGAAGGGCUUACAGUUUAUCUUGUGGUCCAUUUGGUAAUAUAAAAACUAGAGAUCUAAUAUGCGUUCAAGGCUUAGAUGGCAGUCUUAGUUUCUUCGAUCAAGAAACGUUCUUGUUUAUGUGCAUAUUUGACGAUGUGAUAAUCCCAGGGCCAAUUUGUUACAUUGCUAGUUGCGACUCAUUUGUAAUCAGUAAAUCAACUUGGAUAUUAGAGAUCUACAGUUAUCAACAAUUAAGAGAAUUCAGCGAAGUAAAUUUGCGACAAAAUAAAAAAAAUAUACCACAAUGGAUUUACAAUGCUGGAGAGGAAAUUUCAUCAGUCCAAGUAAUACAGACUAGUACAAACUUUUCCAGUAUAGUGGCACUUGGCGAGAGGUACCUUUAUUGUUUUCAAGACAACGGUUUAAUGAAAUACAUGUUGAAAUUCGAGUAUAUGCCUGUCUGUGUCUGCGCUUACCUUAUUGGUUGGUUCUAUGAGCCUACAUCCCGAUUGUUAGUAAUGGUAGCAUCAGAUGACGCAAAAUUAUACAUUUACGAAAGCACGACGUUGCUAUGGUCGUGUGACCUUCUGGAUCCACCCAUAGCGUUAACAAGGUGUUUUCUGAAAUCAUUACCAGGAGGUAUAGUGACGCUGUCAGCUAAAGGCGUCGUUACUGUUAGUUACUUAGGUACUGAACCUGACCUUAAUUCGAACGCGCCUCCGAUGAUAAAUGAAACAAUAGACCCAGAAGAAGUACAAGCUGUACUAGAAAAGGUUGAGGAGGAACUACAAUCAAUCUUAGAAACAAAAGGAGAAGUAGGUAAUUAUAACCUUGGAGUUGCUCAGUCGAUAAAAAUAAAAGCUGAAGUAGGAAAACCCACUCAAAACUUAUAUCAAGAAUAUCCCAAUGAUAGCGAAGAAGCACUACAUUUAAUAAUGUGUCCUGUGAUAGUGACGCUCUCUUGUGAAGACCCAAAUAUAAUCGAAAACAUUCAAAUCACAUACGCGUGCCAUCCCCCGUUUGCAUGCUCAGAAUCAGUGAUAUCUUUAGAUGGAAUGAACGGAACAGAAAUAGUUGAAUCUCAAGUUUUUCUUACAAGCGACACUGAUAUUGUUGAUACUUAUAUUGAUAUUACAUUAACGAUUACCGAUAAUAUACGAAAAAUUAUAGUUUUGGAAAAGAAAGUUUCAUUGCCCGUAAGUCUGUAUUGUAUUCCGGCGACUCUUGAUACAAUCAAAAAUAUAAAAUUGAAAAUCAAUACGAAUCUGACCGAAAUAAAUUUUGGUAGAAUUUUUUCAGAUUUCUCGGAAGAAGAUUUAUUUACUUUAGGAAACUCUCCAGAGAGGGUCACAUUAGCAUAUAGACCAACGAAGAAGACUGUCACAAUCAUAGCCCAUGAUGGAUAUUGUACUUUAGAAGCGGAUAAUUUCCCAGAAAUGACUGUAGUAUUAGAACAUUUUAUAUCAAAACUAUCUGAUUACGCCACUAGAAUGGAUAAAAAAGAUUUCAAAUAUGAAAUCAACUGGAGCAAAGAUCUGUUUAAACAAAUUACCUUUAAAUUUUUGAAAAGCGUGGAAAUACACGCUAAGCACAGAAUUAAAUUAAAAGGUUUAGAAGACGGAUUAAACAUGCUUCAAAGACAAUUCACUUUGGUACAAAAAAGACUGUUAGUUCAAUACGGAUCGUUACCGCCUGGUGAUUGUGAAUCAUUAGAAUUUCUCAUGCGGGAUACACAUACAAGACUGGUUAAAUGUGCUCAUCAAAUCGUACAGUGUAAAGAAGAUAUAUGCAGGGCUGGAUGCACUUUGGUAGCCAUGGGGCGUUUAUUAAUCUACAUUUUCAAACAAUCUUCAUUGGAGUCGUUUAAAAUGAAACUGGUAGAGGAGACACUUUGCUUAAACUCGCUUUAUGAUGAUUACCAGGAUUGGGAAGAGGCAGUCUCCCAAUCAUUAUCAUACAUAAUGAACAACGUGUUUAAAAAUACGGAAAAGGAUAGAGAAAAACUAGCGCCAGUCACCGAGCAAGGAGUACUCUCGCACAUAAACCUGAAGAGAUUCCUGAAACAAAUCAGGAUACUAUUGGAAAAGUUGUUUUUAGAAGCAUACGGCGAAGAAUCUGAACCACCGCACCAGACCAACAGUAGGGGAAAUCAAAUAAUCCGUAUUGAAGAGUUUGUCGACGUUAUAUAA